CCAAACAGCUGAGGUUACUGCGAAAGACUGAACGACCGAGACGCACGAAGGCAACUAUCUCAUCAACCCAGACGCCCAAAACCCUAAACCUAGAGCAACGACAAUGGCGUCAGUGAAGAGAUGCCUAUACGAGGUUCUCGGUUUGAGCAGAGACUGCUCCUCUGAUGAAAUUCGGUCCGCGUACAAGAAAUUAGCUCUGCAACGCCAUCCUGACAAGCUCAUCCAGACCGGAGUCCCCGAGGAUGAAGCCACCGCCGCUUUUCAGGAACUCGUCAAUGCCUACGAGGUACUCUCUGAUACCCGUGAACGCGCCUGGUAUGAUUCCCACCGUUCCCAAAUCCUCUUCUCCGAUGCAAACUCAUCUGGUGCUAAAUCUUCUCAAAUCCCCGAUCUUUUCUCAUUCUUCUCUAAUUCUGUCUUCUCCGGUUACGGAGAUACUGGAAAGGGGUUUUACAAGGUUUACGGUGAUCUAUUUGGUAAACUGUACGCUCUGGAGGUCUCGUUUGCUCAGAAGCUAGGGUUAGGGCAAGGGGCGGUCAGGGAUGCCCCUUUGAUGGGAAAUCUGGAGAGCCCUUAUGCUCAGGUUACUGCUUUCUUUAAUUAUUGGUUAGGGUUCGUUACUGUGUUGGAUUUUUGUUGGAUUGAUGAAUACGAUGUCUUGGCUGGUCCGAAUCGGAAGUCCAGGAGGCUAAUGGAGGAGGAGAACAAAAAGUUGAGGAAAAAGGCAAGGAAAGAGUACAACGACACUGUUCGUGGGUUGGCUGAGUUUGUGAAGAAGAGGGAUAAACGAGUGAUUGAGAUGCAGAUGAAGAGGACUCAGGAGCAGGAGAAGAAGAAGGAAGAGGAGAGGAUUCGAAAGAAAGAAGCCCAGCAAGCUAAGUUGGCAAAAGCGAUGCUUUAUGAGGAGCCUGAAUGGGCCAAAAUUGAUGAGGAGGAACUUGAGAAUAGGUUUGAUGAGCCUGAGGAUGAUAAGAAACAGAACAAUAGGAAUGAGCUGUACUGUGUUGUUUGUAAUAAGAAGUUUAAGUCUGAGAAGCAGUGGAAGAAUCAUGAGCAGUCAAAGAAGCACCGCGACAAAGUUGCAGAGCUUAGGGAGUCACUUGAUGCUGAAGAUGAAUUAUAUAUUGAUGAUGAUAAUGGUGACAAUGACAAUGAUGAUGAGAAGGGGCCCUUGGAUAGUGAUGCGGUUGAAACUCAUGGGAAUUUCCCUGAGGAAGAGACAAUGGCUGAGUUUCAAGAGCAAUUCAAAGAUGCUCUUGGUUUUCAGGAAGAAGAAACUGAGGUUAGAAACCCUUCCAGCCCUGACAAAGGGAAUAAUGUUUCUGAUGUUAGUGAUCAGGAUGAAGCUGGUCAAUCAUUUGGCUCUGAUGAAGAAACAAAUACUCUCGAAGCCAUGGUGUCAGGACACAUCAAGAACAGGAAGACUGCAGCCAGAAGGCAUGAACCAAACUCCUAUUCUAAUGAAGCUUACACUAGCUUUGAUAGUGAAGAAACUGACUUAAUGGAUUACAAUACUCGGAAAAGCACUCGUAGGAGUAGGACAGCAAAGGGAGAGAAUGUUAAAAAACCUAAAGGAGAGGUUGUAAUGGGAGAACUGAGUAAAACCACCAAGGAAGAAAUCCCUAUAACUAAUGGUAGCAACAUUGGGAGUGAAGAAGGUAAGGAAGAUGGGAAUGCACAUAUGCAGGAUUCCUUGUCCCAUCCGGCUGAGUUUACUAGCACCGAUGGUAGAGGAGAUAAGCCACUUGGUAAAGAUCAUAAAGCUUCAAACCAAAUAGUGGGCAGAAAAGGUAUAGGAGGGAAAGAUACAAAUGCCAAAUCAAAAAAUUCGUCCAAAGGGAAGAAACAGAAGGCAACAUCAAAGACAUCGGGCAACACAUGUGAGACAUGUGGCGAGAAUUUUGAGUCUAGGACUAAACUGCAUAAGCAUCUAGGUGACACAGGUCAUGCUACAUUGAAAUCACGGUAGAAUUCUUUAUUGAUAAGAAAACAUGAGUGAAUUCAUUUUUGAUAAGAAAACAUGAGAGAAUCGAUAGCUUGAGAGCUAAAGGAUCAAUCAAGAUUGUCAGAAAGCUGAACUGGCUUCCAAAGUUUUUCCAGAUUUUGAAUUUUUUUGCUCCUUUCGGGAAGGCAUUGAAUAGCUGGUAAAGUGGAUGAUCUGCAUAUUAUGUUCCAGUAGUUCCACAAUGGAACAUAUAUCAGUGAGCUAGGUUCAAGUAUUUGAGUGGGUUUGUGGGUACAAUUGCAUCUCUUAGCUUAGACAAAACAAAUUGUGAAAAAGAUUUCCAGUCUGAAUACCAGUAUCUAUAUGUCAAGAUUUGGAUUGUAAACCAUUGUUACCAUGUAUUGCACUGUUCAUUUGUCAAGAACAUUUUUCAUUCCCUGUCUCCCAUCAACUCUAUUCUUUGUAAUAUGCAUACUUAAUAUUUUUUGAAGGAUGAUGACUGGUGCACAACUCAUAAGAGAGUAUGUCAGAUAACUGAUCUCUUACGGAUUCUGAAG